AUGCUCCCAACAGAGACCACGAAGGCGCAAAGAAGCCGCGUACACGGCGCGGUUGCACGACCUGCCGCACCAGAAAGGUCAAAUGCGAUGAGCGGCAAGGGGUCUGCCAGAACUGCAGUCGCCUCAAGCUCGAAUGCACUUGGGGCUCGUCGGGACUACGUCACGGACAGCGGUCGAGGAGCAAUCGAGCGUGCCAGAGAUGCCAACAAAAGAAGACGCGCCGGAGCGGCCUGUCUCCCCGUCGUCUCUCCCCGACGAGCACAGAACCAGGCGUCUUCGUCUCGCGGAUCUCUAUCAGUAUCAGUACAUGCUUCAGGCAGCUUAUUGAGCCGCACUGCGAUGCUCCGGCUGCUCGACGCCUAUUUCAAUGGCCCGCAUAAUUUCAGCUUCUUCGCCUUCCUUCACCGGCCGACUUUUAUGCAGAUGCUUGACCAUGAUUUGAUCCCCAGAUGUCUUCUGCUUAUCGUCCUUGCUACAGUCAAACGGAUACAAGAUCCCCUAAGUCGGCUUGCAGAUUCUUGGGCGGAUGAGAGCCGACAGCUCGUCGUGGAGGGCAUCUUCACCAAGAUUUCUACCUCAAGUCUUCAGACACUCCUGCUUCUACAACGAUAUGAAGAGCUUCGUGGAGAUCACCUGAAAGCAUGGUUCCUCUCAGGCCUGGCCAUUAGGCUAGCACAUGCGUUACAGCUCAAUAUGGAACCUCUGCAGACACAACGAAGCAGUACAAAACCGCCUCUCCCAGUAACAGUCAUGGAAGUCCGGCGACGGCUCAUGUGGAGCUGUCUGGUCAUGGACUCGAUGAUGGAGGGUGGGGCUCGCCCACUGACUCGAAUGAGAAUCUCAUCUAUUGAUAUUCGCCUCCCUUGCGACGAAACGGAGUUUCACUUGGGCAGAGAUACGACGUCCACAAGAGGGGUCCAGUCAACGGAUGCCUCCGACAUCUCGGAUAUCAACGCGGGCCACUCGCGCGACGGAAUUUCAGCCUGCUCAAUAAAAGCUGCAAUGUUACGCAUGCAGAUCAUUGAUUAUGUCUUUUCAUAUCAUCUUCGAAAUAAAGAUCACCUCCCAUCGGAACUCCCAUGGCAGCAAGAUGCGCAAUUUUAUAAGCUCCAGAUGAAGCUGGAUCAAUUCGUGACUGAGCUACCCAUUGAAUUCCGAUUCGAUCACAAUGCCCUCUAUAGCCUCUCUCAUGGCGAACUCAUGAGGCUCCUUAACCUUCACUGCCUCCUUGAAGGCGCAUAUUGCGACUUACUACGAAUUGGCGCCCUCUUGACGUUGCUGACUGCCGGGAACGAAGCGCCAUUAUUUCCGGAACCACCAGCCUGGUUCCUUGACACAUGUGCGCGCGGCCUUCUCGAUCACGCUUUUGCUAUGGCCCAAGUGAUAUCGGGUACCAUGCGCCACCUUGCAUCUGAUUGCGAUCCGUUUGCUGCAAUCUGUAGCUGUUUGGCCACGAGGUUACUCGUGAUUGACAGACGACCGGAGGAUACUGGUUACGUGCCGCUGUCCGAUCCAACCGUUCGUGGGGCGAUUGACGGGGCGGUUCAAUGCGCGAAAAGCGUGGCUCGAUGGUCCGUCCCUGCUCGAAAAUAUCUCAACGCGUUGAGCAGCCUGUCUGCCAACCACGGAUACGAGAUUGACCUUGCCGACAUGUCCUCGUCUUCUCUUCCAGCGCUCUCGCGACCAGUAUCGCGAGCAGCUUCUCCAAGUCUCCGAACAUAUGGGACAUUCGGCACUAUACAACGAAACCUAACCAUCGAUGCUGACGAACCAGGAACUACGACUGCAGCCAAACAGGAUCAGAACGGCCAUACAUUCCCUCUACUAGGAGUCCCUACGAGUGGCGUCCCUAUAGUUGAGGAACCAGCACUUGCCGUUGACAACGGUGGCUUGGAGGCCGACUAUCUUCUCCAACCUUAUGACCCUCUCAGCCCGGAAGCGCUGAGAAUUGCAGCCGGGUGGGCUGAUGGCACUUUCGACCUCACCUCAGCGGAAGCACUCUUCGACUGGACUGCCGGAAACUUUGCACCUGAUUUUGGGAACGGCGACAAUUUAUUUUCUGCCUUCAAUGAAGGCUAG